GUCAGGACGAUGCAGAGCCGAGCAGAGACAGACGACCUGUAGAGGCUGCAAGCAAAGAAAGCCCGACUGUUGGAGUCCAGUUCAGAAGAGCAGAAAACACACAAAGAAUGAAGAAGAGCACUCCUCACACUAGCUGUUCUGUGAUUGGCUGAUCGCUGACAUCACUAUCAAGAUGGCCCACCUUUUCCUCGCCAGUAAGAUCACCAUGCCGGACGACCUCCACAACAAAGGUGGUGCCAGGGUCCCAAGGAGCGCCAUGAGGGUGCCGACAUCGAUCUCUGCUGAGAAGCUGAGCCGGGACAAGCCCAGGAAGGACCAAAGUGUCGUUGUGACAACGCACGUCCCCCACAUCAAUGAGGGCCAGCUGACGGCGGCCACCGGCGGAGCAGAGAUGUCCUGCUACCGCUGCACCGUGCCGUUCGGCGUGGUCGUCCUCAUCGCCGGCAUUGUGGUCACGGCGGUGGCGUACACCUUCAAUUCCCACGGCUCCACCAUCUCAGUGCUGGGACUGGUGCUGCUGUCUGCUGGACUGGGCCUGCUGGGCUCCAGCGCCAUCUGCUGGAGGGUCCGACUGAGGAAGAAGAAGGACAAACGGAGGGAGAGUCAGACCGCCCUCAUGGCCAGCCAGGGAUACUGCGUGGCCUGAUGAGCGCUGCAGAGGAAAAGUCCUGAAUGCAGUCCUGUGUCAAGGUCAAGUUAAGCUCUUUUUAUCCCAGAAGUCACGCUGCAGGUGCAGAUGUUUAACUUCAGGGAGACAGUGAACCUGAAUGCACCAUGCAAAGUUUAACAGUGGCAACUGCUGAACUCUGCAUGUGGUGAAGAGAAGGAGGUGGUGCUCGCUGCAGCGUCUCGUCCGUCUGAGGCGGUGAUGCCUCUGCAGACGCCUUAAAGGACUUAAAGAGGCUGUGAUUGUCGGAGUAAAGGAUGGACACAGCCUGCAGGGUGACAAGCAGCAGGAAAUCAUUCUUAAUGGAGACUCUAAACUCUAAACUGGACGAUGGACGGGCGACUUCUAUUCAGCUCAAGUGCUACGACAAUCGAUUAUCCAGAAAUCGACAACAACUUUGAUAACUGAUUAAUCAUUUAGGCCAUUUAUGAAGCCGAAAUACCAAACAUUCAUCUGGCUUCAAGUUCUCAAAUUUGCCGUGUCUCUCUGUUGUAUAUCAUCUGGGUUUUGGACUGUUGGCUGAUCAAAAUGGGAAUUUUCCCUUGAGCCCCCUGAGGGUCACAUUGCAGGGAGAAAAACUGCCAUGGAAAUCUGAGUUAAAUUAAAGAGGUCAUUCUGGAAUCUGCGUCUAAUAACUGGAGUCAGAAGAACAGUGAAAACACUCUAAUGUCUCUGAUUGCUCUUUAAUUGUUACAGUUACAUCUCUAAAUGCAUCCCCUUGCCUGUACCUCACACAUACAGUGACUGGGUUUUGUGAAUUGUGCCUUUCUCAAUCAUGUCCAAUCAGUUGCAGGUGGACUCUGAUCAGGUGACAGUGACACUGAAGGAUACUCGAGGCAAACAGGAUGCAGCUGUGCUACAGCGACGGCUCUGAAUGAGUAGAUUUACUGAGUGGUCGCCCGACAAAGCUCAUCCAUGAUGUACAGUAUCUGUCAGUAAAUGCUGCUAAUGAGCUAUAAAAUCCAUUUAACAAGGUACUCUACUGUCGAUGUUUCUCUUUCUUAAAACAGCGUAAACCUCAUGUGUGAUCUCUCUGACUGUUACUCCGUCAUUCGGUCACGUAGCGAGUGAAAAUAUUGCAUUUAAAUGUGCAUUUAAAUUUCAUCUUUCUUGGUAGACAGCAGAGAUCUGCAGGAUCACGACGAUCCCUCUGAAGACACGACACACUGCUUUGUGCAGGGAUGUGACUGGAUCACGGAGUAACGUUCAGAAUAGUGAGCGCACACAUGGGGCUACUCUCUGAUGAUAUGCAUGCCAACUUGUAUAUUUAAACUAGUACACUGAGAUCCAAAGUGAUGAAAAUAACCGAAUGUCAUGUAUUCCACCGUAUUAAAGAGUUCAUGUAGCUGUCUGUGCAACUGAGAGUCAGUCUGACGCUGUCUCGCUUUCUUUUACGCUGAACACACGUUCAGUCUUAUUUAUUCCGUGUAAACAGACGUAUGAGAGAGACAUAUUUGUUCUAUUAAACUCAACA